AUGGGAAAUUCAAAUAAUCCAGAUAAACCUCCAACUGUACCAGAUGGUUGGUUAGCUAAAUUUGAUGAUAAAUAUAAAACUUGGUUUUAUGUUGAUUUAAAAACUAAAAAAUCUCAAUGGGAACCUCCAGCAGGUACAAAAUUUGAUGAUGCUCCACCAGCUUAUUCAGCAAAUAAUUCAAGAAGAAAUUCAAUAAAUUCUUCAGAAUCUCGUCCUCAACAACAACAACAACAAAAUAAUCAACAAAAAUCUGGGUUUUUCCAUCGCCAUAAUAAUCCACAGCCGCAACCACAAUAUAAUCAAGGUUAUCCUCAACAAGGAUAUCCACCUCAAGGUUAUCAACAACCAUAUUAUGGACAACCUUACGGACAACCAUAUGGUCAACCAUAUGGUCAACCUUAUGGAUAUCAACAACAACCACAAAGAUCAAGAUUUGGUGGUGGUGGUAUGGGUGCAGGUAUGUUAGGUUUAGGUGGUGGUUUAUUAGGAGGUGCUAUGUUAGCUAAUAUGAUGGAUAAUGGAUAUGAUGAACAAAUGGCUUAUCAAGAUGGUUAUGGUGAUGCAAUGAAUAAUCAAGAUUAUGGUGGUGGUGAUUUUGGAGGUGGUGAUUUCGGAGGUGGAGAUUUUAUGUAG